AUGAAUUUAUACCUGAACAAUUUACAGGAUUGCUCGAAGGAGGACUUCAAAGGGGUCGACCAAGAUGUGUACCCAGCCAUCAUACAGGCUCCAGAACUUUAUCAUGCAGAUGAGGACAUACUUGAAAUGAAUAAUUUUUAUUAUAAUAGAAUGAACAAGCAAAAGAAAAAGAAGAAACUAUGCUGUGAUAAAAUACUAUGCAAGAAGAAGACAAACAGGAUUGAAGAGAUAUCGAAAUUAGUACCUAAAGAACAAACUCGCAGAAAUUGGGAGGUUUUUAAGGAGAAAACUAUUGAGUACCUUCGUAUGCAGAAAAUUAUCAGAGGCGCACAGAAACUCAAACGAGGAUUUGAUAGGUCAGAUUUGAAUUUAGAGGAAGAACAGUAUCGAUUUCAGGACUUCUUGCUUCAUCCAGAAAAUUCUAAAUAGAAUAUUUUUUGAAAACUUAAUAGCUCUUAUAUACAUCAUUGAUCUAUAUGCAAAUAUAUACAGUUUGUGCUUUGAGGCAGACAUUACUGUGUUUGACUUAUCUAUAAUCCCGGUUUAUCUCUUAGAAAUAUACAUUUCAUGAGUUUCAAUGAUUUGGCAUGAUAUGAUACUCAUUAAAGACAUUAAGAAGAUAUUAAAAUAAUUAUUUAAAGAGAAAUUUUAUCGUUGACUUGAUCAAUAUCCUACCUUUCUUUUUACUCAAGCGAGAGCUGAAAGCCCUCAAAUUUAUCAAAGCCAAAAGGUUGAGAAUUUACUUCUCCAGAGUGUUGACAAUGAUCUAUGAGUUCUGCUCCAAACGACUCAAACUUAAGGAGCACUCUUUGAAAGUUAUAGAAAAGGGAUCCAAGUUCCUCGCUGCAUUAUUCCUUACUUUACAUGUAAUCGCUUGUAUUAACUCCUACUUUGGAAAGACACAAGAAGAUGGAUGGGUCAACAAGAACAAAGGACUACUGAGAGAAAAUUACAACCAUUUUGAUAUAUACAUAGCAGCAGUUUACUGGACAAUGACCACUUUCACCACAAUAGGAUAUGGAGAUUUCACAGCCUCUACAAAUUCAGAAUAUCUUAUGCAAUGCUUUAUCAUGCUCAUGGGAAUAGGCUUCUUUGGGUACAUUGUUGGAAACGUCAGCACUAUCUUCAUGCAAGCUGAAAGCAUUACCCAUAUCAAAAAUAUGUAUGAAGAAGAGUUCAACCUUUGGCUUAUUCGCCUAAACAAAGCUAAAAAUUCAAAAAUUAUGCGAAAUGAAUACUUCACAUAUGGAGCUCGAUGAGUAACUUCUAAAUGGGACAAGGACUUUUGUGAGCUUAAAAAUAAUGAAUUUUUCUCAAACCUUAAACCUAGGAUUCAAAAAGAAACAUCUGACCAACUUUUCUCGAGCGUUUACGAUACCUAUGAUGGGUUUUUCAAAGGAACAGAUAAAGGAUUUAUGAGGGCAAUAGUGCAUGCAAUGAAAUAUGAAGUUCACGAACAAUUUCCUCCUUAUACUACUGAUUACAAAUAAACCGGCUAAUCAUAUCCCAGUCGAACAAACUUGUAAUAUUAUUCCCCAGGGUAAAAUCCCAACUAAACUCAUAUUUGUUAAAGAAGGAGUAGUUUAUGGAGGAAACUCUACUGGAAGGUAUGUAUAUUUCAGGCUAAAAUAAGGGGUCAUACUUUGGUGAAGGCUACAUACUUAACCAGAAGCCAAGUUCUUACUCUAUCAACUACUUCAGAGAUGAAUCUGCCUGUCUUUUCUCUGUUGAAAACAUUGAUCUUGUCAGUAUUUGUCAGUCUUACCCGAGCUCGUUUGAAAAAAUAAGAAAAAGAUCUAUCUCAAGAAGAAGAGUUUUCAGAAAAAUGAAAUACAACUCUCUUAGAGAAAUCAUAACAGAAACUCUGCAAAAAUAACUAUAAAUUUGGAGAAGAUGCAGGAGUUGAUCUGAACUCAAUCAGGACUGCAAUGUACAACGUAAUCCUCAAAAAUAUAUCUCUAAAGGAGACUAUCUUGAGACAGGCAUUUUUACAAAGCGCUAGAAAUGAACAAAGUAAUGAUAGUCAAGAUUCAAUCUUCUCCGAGUUAUCCGCAGGGAAAUUCCAAGAUGGUUCUGGUUCUCUAUCUAAAGAUACUUCUAGGAAGCUUAAAUUUACAGAUGAAGACCUUCCGAAAAUUUCUCUCAAUCCCAUUGAGAAAGGAAGUAGAUUACCUGAAGAAGAAAAAGCUCUGAAUGAACAGCAGAUUAAUAGAGACUCAGAAACUAUAAAAUAUCAUGAUACUAUCACGCCUUUCAAAGAAUAUGAUAUUUAUGGAGACAUAGAAGGCAUCAGCUCUGACUCAGACUGCAAUGAUGAGUCAAUGUCAGUGGUAAAAUAAAGUUCUUAGCAGAAACAAGAAUGCUUCUCUAAGCCUCAACAAACACUGGGCAGGUGAAAUAACUCCAAGCCAAAGAAUUCCAUUAGGUCUAACUAGAACACUAAAUUUCGACAAGAAGAUUAAAUCAUUCCAAAGUAAUGGUGCUCAUGCUACCUCCUCUUUUAAAUAAAGAAGUACUCAGAAGUAUCGACGAUGAAUCUGAGAGUGAUUCAAACUUCAGUGGGGGUAGUAGUGAAGAAUUCAACACAGCAGGCCCCAUUAGAAACUCCACUUAUUUCACCAAAUCAUCAAAUGAAGAUCUCCCAGCUAUGAGCACCAACAAAGUUCACUCCUCCAAGAGAAAAGUAAGGAUUCACAUGAGACGAUCAACUAACAAAUACUACUCAAUGAACAAGUUUGAACAACAAAAUUUUGAAGAGACCAAUCACAGAAGGUAUCAUGGAGAUGGUCGAAUAGGUCCAAACAAAUUUUGAAGUCCUACUCUUUCGUCCAAAGAGGAAGAAGAGUUGUCUUACAAAGAUACACUCCAAAACCAAUUUGUCAAGAAAUAUAUAAGCAAAGAAGAUCUAAAAUAGAAGGUUCUUUUACCUGAACAAUGAACUGUAUAACCUCUGAGAGGGAGAAGAACUUGAAGAAAUCAAACGAUACACUUCUCUAGCCAAGAAUAGAAGGAAAAACGAAAUCUUUGAGGAGGUCUUAAUAGAAAGUGAGGAUGAUCUCGAAUCUGAAUUUGAUCAAGCACUAAAAAUCCUCCAAUUUGAUAUAGACCCUGUCAUCCAUACUACUGAGAUGGCUGAGAAAGUAACUAAGAGUUUGAUUUCAGAAACCGAGAAAUCUUUAACAAUUUGUUUGCUGAAUACCUCCCUCUCUAUGAACAAAUUCAAUGAUCAAAUAAGAGAGCAUAAAGAAUCUUUAAAUAGAUGCAAAAGAAGAUCAAGUCAUUUGACCUCAGAAUCUCAGAAAAUAUUAAGAAAAAGCAAAAUAAAGUACAAACUAGGAGAGCAGCCAACCUACUGCUCGAGAAGAGUAAGAUUUUGAUAAACUAGCAAUUCAAUCAA